AUGUCUGACUACGACGAUGAGAUGGACGUCGAUGUCCCCGUGUCCAAGGACAUCACCUUUUCCUCCGAUGCCAAGCAGGGCAAACGCAGCGCUGCUAAUCUGCCCGUCGAGGCGGAGGACAGCCUGCCAUGGGUUGAAAAGUACCGACCAGUGAGCCUCGCCGACGUGUCCGGUCACCAAGACAUCCUUGCGACAAUCAACAAGUUUGUUGACUCCAACCGCCUCCCCCACCUCCUCCUCUACGGCCCUCCGGGAACGGGCAAGACAUCGACGAUCCUCGCCCUUGCGCGACGAAUCUACGGUGCCGAGAACAUGCGGCAGAUGGUCCUCGAGCUCAACGCCUCGGACGACCGCGGCAUCGACGUCGUGCGCGAGCAGAUCAAGACGUUCGCAUCGACGAAACAAAUCUUCACCCUCGGCCCCUCGGCCAAGUCGGGCGGCGGUGGCAGUAUGGCGUCGUACAAGCUCAUCAUCCUCGACGAGGCCGACGCCAUGACCAACACGGCGCAGAUGGCCUUGCGCCGCAUCAUGGAGAAGUACACUGUCAACACGCGGUUCUGCAUCAUCGCAAACUACUCGCAUAAGCUCUCGCCUGCCCUGCUGUCUAGAUGCACGCGCUUCCGUUUCAGCCCGCUGAAAGAGCGGGACAUCAGGGUGUUGGUGGACAAAGUCGUUGAGGAGGAGCACGUCAAGAUUCUGCCCGAGGCGACGGACGCCCUUGUGAAGCUCAGCAAGGGCGACAUGAGAAGGGCUCUCAACGUGCUCCAGGCAUGUCAUGCGUCGAGUACACCUCUCCAACCAAAGGGCGCGCCCAAGACCGCCGAAAGCGACAUUGUGAGGGAAAUGAUCUCGACCGAGACGAUAUACAACUGCAUCGCGGCCCCGCAGCCCGAUGCUGUCCAGGAGAUUCUGGACGUCCUCCUCAGCACAACGGAUGUGACGUCCUGCCUGACGACAAUCAACACGUUGAAGGUGGCGCGGGGUUUGGCGCUGGCGGACAUCAUAACGGCGCUCGCCGAGCAGCUUGCCACGUUGGAGGUCAAGCCGGAGAUUAUGAUUCAGUGGCUGGACGGGCUCGCUGACAUUGAGCACCGGGUGGCGGGCGGCGGCAGCGAAGCCGUGCAGACGGGGGCCGUCGUGGGCGUCAUUCGGAGCGGGGCGGAGUUGAUGAGUAAAUAG